AUGAAAUCCAUUCUCUCGUUCCCCUUCUUCGCCGCCGUCGCUUUCGCGACCAGUCGUCUAACUCCGCCGCCGGGAUCGAUUGUGGUGGCUAAAUCGGGAGGCGACUUUGACUCGAUUAGCGCGGCCAUUCAGUCCCUCAACCAGGGCAUCCGCGAGAACCAGACCAUCUUCGUCAAGGCGGGUACCUACAAUGAGCAGGUGUUUAUCCCGGCCAUGAGUGGGCUUCUUACCAUUUAUGGAGAAACCCAGGACAUCCUCUCCUAUUCGGCCAAUACAGUUACCGUCACCUACAAUGCCAGUACGUCGUCGGCAUCGUCAUCCAAGGAUGCCGACACGGCUACCGUCCAGAACGGCGCCGCUUCGACAAGAUUCUAUAAUCUCAACUUCGCCAACAGCCACAGUGCCGGCGAGUCGGCCCUGGCGUUGAGCGCCUCGGGCACUCAGCAAGGAUAUUAUGGAUGCCAGUUCACCGGAAACGAUAACACGAUCCUCACUCAAGUCGGUGGCACACAGGUGUUCGCUAGAUGUCUAAUCCAGGGCACGUCCGACUUUAUCACUGGCCAGUACGCACGUGUGUGGUUCGACGCUGUUGCUAUCAAAGUCCUCCCAAGUUCCGGCCAGGGCUUCAUUACCGCCAACGGCCGGUCCUCGAACGAUGACCCUUCUUACUACGUGAUCAACAACUCCAGCGUUGAGGCAGCACCGUACGACACCGUCAGGUCCGGCAGCUACUAUCUCGGCCGUCCCUUGUCUGAUUUCUCCCGGGUUGUCUUCCAGGAUACAUAUAUGAGCGAGGUGGUCAAUGGUGCCGGCUGGAGCGAGUGGUCCAAGGCAAAGCCCAACACACAGGAUGUCGAUUUCGCCGAAUAUGACAACUCCGGUCCUGGUAGCUUGGGUACGCGGGCGAGCUUCUCGAAAAAGUUGAGCUCGGCUCUCGUCAUUGGUGAUAUUAUCAAUGACGGAUACCAGUCGUGGGUCGACUUGAGCUACUUGUCUUAG